CUCUCGUGCAUGCCUCGAGCUCGCCUCCUGUAUUCUGCUCUCAAAACCCACGGCAACAGGUCUCUAGACACUGAUCACCAUGGUGACACUUGGGAGACCUGUUUUUGAGACGCUCGACUUCAUACGUUUUCCUUCCGAGACGAUACACGAUAACCAAUGGAUCAUCGCCCCUCCUACAGGGAAAAAGAUAUCCGACGAGCUCGCCACAAUGCCUUUCUGUCGGCCUCCGAACCUCGACCUUCGCCAGUGCACAUAUCCCUGCGUGCUCACCAACACCAGUUCGUCGAAGAAGACACAGAUAAAGAUUCAGCCUUUGAUUGGCACUGCUGACGAUGGGUUAUACCUUCGAGAGUCGGACAUCAAGAGGUUGGGCCUCCGAUUUACGGGAAGAACGGAGUACACCCGUCAAGGACAUUGCAAAGUAUACGAAGGAGCCGUGCGUCUCACCUUCCCGAACGACUAUGACAACGGCCUGGUCGGCUACAAAUUAAUCCACGUCUUCGAGCUCCCGCGCUGGAUCUACGAGCACGUCCGCGUCAACAACAACGACAACGGCCGGAAGCAGGGUCUGGUAGGCAUGCACCUCCUCACCCGCCACGUCGUCUUCCUGCACCGCGGCGACGCGCACCUCAUCAACGUACGCACCUUCGCCAUGACCCCCGAGCUGCACCCCUUCUGCAAGAACAUGUCCCUCUUCAGCAAUAUGCGCCUGAAAACCCGCGGUCCGGACCAGGAGCCGGCCAUCGUCUUCGACCCCUUCCCGGGCGAGCCGCUCAACGCCGCGCUCGAGGUGGCGUUCGCCUGCCCGAAGCGACGGCCGUUCACUGUGGCCGAUAUGGCACCGCACAAGCCGAAGGAGGAGGCGUUCUACGUUAUGGAAGCAUGCCGGGUGUGCGACAAGAUUGAUGGCGAGGAUGGGGUGAAGGUCGUAAUGUGCACGCAGUGUGCAGACGAGGGUCGACCGAAGCGGGCGCUAUACUGCAGCAAGGAGUGUCAGAAGAUUGACUGGAAGGAGCGACACAGAGCGGAGCACGCUGGCGAAAGGCCGUGGGAGGUUCUGGGUGUAGCGGAGACGGAUUCGCAACUGCAGAUAAAGACGGACCCGGCAUAGGCUAUCCGGUCAGAUAUUCGCUCGUUGAGUUCGUCCCCACUGUGGCUUUGUGUUGCAUCGUGGACGGAAUGUGAGUGGCGACCUUGUUG